UUGCUGUCAUGGCUGUCAUCUUGCUGUGCAUUUGACUUGUUUGAUCUUAGCGUAAAUUUUGCCUUAAUAUUUUCGCGUAAAGUUCGAUAAACUCAAUUUAUUAAAAAGUGGUCUUAGGGAUAACACUAAAACUGAGUUUAUAUUUUUCGUGUGUUGACAAAAUAAAGUGCAUUAAUUGCUAAUGUGAUUUUAUUGAAAUGUCAUCGUAUAUGGCAGGUGUUUUCGAUUUAGAUUUAGAUGUGGAUACAGUAACAGUGGGAGAUUCUGAUGAGGACGAUAUAAUAGAAGUAGAUGAGGUUGAUUAUGAUCCUGAACUUCAUGUCCAUAAUAUUGUUGAAUCCGAAGGUUCUGAGACCAUACAGCUAUCUGAGGAUAACGUAAAUCCAGGACAAUGCAAAAGACUUGGCCCUCAAGAUUUUGAACUGAGAAAAGUUUUAGGAAAAGGUGGAUAUGGAAAAGUAUUCCAAGUUCGUAAGAUUACAGGUCAAGAUGCAGGAGCACAUUUUGCCAUGAAAGUUUUAAAGAAAGCUUCCAUUGUACGCAAUCAAAAGGAUACUGCUCAUACUAAAGCUGAAAGAAAUAUUUUGGAAGCAGUUAAGCAUCCAUUCAUAGUUGAAUUAGUAUAUGCUUUCCAAACUGGUGGUAAAUUAUAUUUAAUUUUAGAAUAUUUAAGUGGUGGAGAGUUAUUUAUGCACCUUGAGAGAGAGGGUAUAUUCCUAGAGGAUACAGCAUGCUUCUACCUGUCAGAAAUUAUUUUGGCAUUGGAACAUUUACACAGUUUAGGCAUAAUUUAUCGUGAUCUUAAACCUGAAAAUGUCCUGCUUGAUGCACAAGGACAUGUAAAACUAACAGAUUUUGGGCUAUGUAAGGAACACAUUCAAGAAGGUAUUGUUACACACACAUUUUGUGGAACAAUUGAGUACAUGGCACCUGAAAUUUUGACCAGAAGUGGUCAUGGUAAAGCGGUAGACUGGUGGAGCCUGGGCGCGCUGAUGUACGAUAUGUUGAUUGGCCAGCCACCGUUCACUGGAGACAAUCGUACAAAAACAAUUGAGAAAAUCCUGAAAGGAAAACUAAUGUUACCGGCCUACCUCACACACGACGCUCGGGAUCUGAUCCGGCGUCUAAUGAAGCGUUCGGAAACGCAACGCUUGGGCGCCACGGGCGCGGCGGCCGUCCGCGGGCACGCGUUCUUUAAGCACGUCCAUUGGGACGAUGUCUUCGCGCGUCGACUGGAACCUCCUAUUAAACCGCGACUGACAAGUGAAGAUGAUGUUUCCCAAUUUGAUACAAGAUUUACUCUACAAACACCAAUUGAUUCACCGGAUGAGUCAACAUUAAGCGAAAGCGCUAACUUAAUGUUCCAGGGCUUCACAUACGUCGCGCCGUCGGUAAUGGAUGAAAUCCACAAGCCGCGCGUGAUCACGGCGCGCUCGCCGCGGCGCCCGCGCGUGCUGCCGCACGGCGCCUUCGCCCAGCCCGCCGCCACGCACGCGCACCAACAGGAAGACCUCAUGGAUGUACAAGGUUUACCGAUAUAGCCUAGAAUAAUUGAUAUAGUUGACCAUUUUAUACAAAGAAUGAACUCAACUACAAAUGCUGCCCAUCUAUUAUGUCCGUAAAAUAAUGGUACUGUUUUAUACAACUAUUAUUAAUGUACAUUUUAUACAAGUUACCGUUUAGUUUAAUGUUUUGGUAGGAAUUAAUAAAACGUGUAUUAAAUUGUUCUAACCCAACUAUAUGACAGAAUAAGAAUAAUAAUGAUUUACAAUAUACCUUGUUACCAUGCUUCAUGAAUUGAAUUAAAAGGUCAUUUUUAUUUUGUAUAGUGGAGUUUAAUUUAACAUUUUUUCUUAAUCAACCGCCAUUAACAUUGUUAAUGUAAUUUAGUUAAAUAAACUUUUUUUUUCUUUAUAUCA